GUCGCUUUUGCAAAGGCUGCCUGCGGUAAGGCCGAUCCUCGCUCAUGGCGCACGGGAAAGCAAAGGAAGGGGAUGGCAACUGGAAGAAAUUUAUCUGGAAUUCAGAGAAGAAGGAGUUUCUCGGGAGGACCGGAGGCAGUUGGUUUAAGAUCCUUCUCUUCUAUACGAUCUUCUACGGCUGCUUGGCAGGUAUCUUCAUUGGGACCAUCCAAGUCAUGCUGCUCACAGUCAGUGAGUUCGAGCCCAAGUAUCAGGACCGAGUUGCACCUCCAGGAGUGUCAAGUAUUCCUCAGGUACUUAAAAUGGAAAUUUCCUUUGAACCUGGUAACCCCACAACAUACGACAAGUACGUGAAGCUCAUGGACAACUUCCUGAAGCAUUAUGAUUCGGAAUAUCAGAAAGAAACCGAUACGGAUUUUGAUUCUUGUCCAACUGUUCCUAGUGGAUAUAUAGAGAGAGGUAAAUAUGAUGAGAGUGCAGGCACAAAGAAAUCAUGCAGGUUCAGUCGUGCCUGGUUGGAGAACUGCUCUGGAUUAAAUGAUACCUCUUAUGGUUACAAAGACGGCAAGCCAUGUGUCAUCAUCAAGCUCAACAGAGUUCUGGGAUUCAAACCCAAGCCACCAAACAAUGAUUCCAUCCCAGAAGAGCUGAAAGCAAGAUACAAUCAGUUUCUCAUUCCUGUCCACUGUGCUGCUAAGAAAGCGGAAGAUGUUGACAAAAUCGGCAUUGUGGAAUACUAUGGCAUGGGAGGCUAUGCUGGAUUUCCUCUGCAAUACUACCCGUAUUAUGGCAAGCUCCUUCAGCCCAAGUACCUCCAGCCCCUUAUGGCAGUCCAGUUCAUGAACCUAACCAAGGACAUGGGGGUGCGUAUCGAAUGCAAGGCCUAUGGUGAGAACAUCCACUACAGUGACAAAGACCGUUUCCAGGGACGUUUUGACGUGAAAUUUGAGAUUAAAAGAAGCUGAUCACAGGCAUCUCUCUCUCUCUUUUCCUCUUAGCCAUGUAAAAGUUAAAAAAAAGACAAAACCUACUAGUCUUGAACAAAACUGUCAUACAUAUGGGACCUACACGUAAUCUAUAUGCUUUACACUAGCUUUCUGCAUUUAACUAGGUUAGAAUGUAAACUUAAAAGUGUAGCAAUAGCAACAAAGAUAUUUAUUCUACUGUAAAUGACAAA